GCAGCUGUGAAGUGAGCGUGCUCAGUGGGCCGUGACAUCAUCACCACAUGGCUGCGCCGCAUGCAAAGCAGCAGGAAGGUUCUGUUUGACUCCGAGCUGCAGAAUCACAGCAGGACGAGCCGCAGAGCAGCGCAGUCAUGGGCAAGAUUAACUCGCGGCCGAAGCUUUUCCCCGGAGACAUCGUGGAAUAUCCCAGGAACAAAUACUUCUCUCAUUUUGGGAUCUACUUUGGGGAACGGGACGGCGUUCCCUAUGUGGCUCACCUGACCUGCAGAGACGCCGACACAAAGAUCCCGCUGUUCGGCCGCGCCCUGAGGUCAGAGGUCAAGCUGGAUCCUCUGGAGCUGCUGGGGAGUCAAUACAAGGUCAGCAACAUGCUGGACGAGUCGCACUCCCCCAGAGACUUCCACUCGGUGGUGAAGCCCGCCAUCGAGGACAUGCUGGGCCGAGACGUGACCUUUGAUAUCCUGUUCCACAACAGCGAGCACCAGGCCACACUAUUCAGAUACGGAGUCAAAAAGUCCCAGCAGAUUGAAGUUGUCUACAAACACAUCAUGCCGUCCUGGAAGAAGCUGUUUGAGGAGAAGAAGCUGUGAGCCGUUCUGCCACUAGAGGGAGCCGUCUCCUCAUGUCUGCCUGAACCCUCACUUCCAACCUCGUCCUUCCACUAAACUUUCACACGCUUUACAAAUACUGCUCCUCUCCUCUUCUGUCCACUCGUGGUCCGUUCUCCGACUGAAUUUUAAAAAAUUGAAUAUUAAUCACAUUGUUGCAGAGAAAGUAAUUUUUGUCUUCCAGAUUAAAAUCAUGAUGUCAGAUUUUUUAAUUUCCAGGAUUUUUCAAAAGUUUCUUUGAAUUUUUCUGGACUGUAGCAUAUCCAGAUUUUCUUUAAAGGUUUUGUUUUACAUUUUUAAAACAUUUUUCUAUCUGUAAACAUGCAUUUUCUUCUUUUUAAAAUGAUUUGUAAGGUCUUGAUAAUGUUUCUUUAAACUGACACAUUAAAAUCUCAAAUUCUCCAUGUUGAAGCUGAAAUCUAAACACCAUGAAUAAUUAAUGACAGAAUAUUAAUAAGUGUUGAUCAGCAUAAAGCUUCCUGUUUACAUUCUGAGCAGAUGUAAAAUAAUAUUUGAUUAAAAGUCAAAUUGAAUCAUAAA